GACGGUAUAAUUUUUCCCAAAAAAAUAUCUGAAGCCAGUUUUGCGCUCAGCCUCUGUCGCUUGGUCCGUCUGGAGUUCUAGCCUCGCGAUGCUGCGGAUCACAUGUACUGCGACGUGGAUCACGUGCUAGGAGUACUGGGCAUUGUGGGAAACAAACAGAGUGUAUGAAAAACGUUAGCGUCAACAUCGGUGGCUGCCCACUGUAGGCAAACAGAGAUUUGGCUGGAGGAAAAAGCUCAGCGCUCCACUGGAGAAGAACAACCGUCAUCUCGUGUGCUCGUUUAGAAAGAACAAGGAGCUGUGCUGAGGGGGUGUUGACACGUUGGAAUGGAUAACGCGACUUGGGGAGCGGAGUGAAGAGGAGUGACGAUAACACGGCACUGAUUUAUGAUUAUCUCCGAGUCGUAAAAGUUGGAGUCAUCGCUGAUGUGAUUUUGGCCAAUUUGCUUCAAGGGGGCGUGUGACGUGUCAUCUAAGUCAGCGUGCAUAUCUCAGGCUGCAUAACUGACACCCAACACACUGGUCUUCUGUGCGUAUUUGCUCGACGUUUUUCUGUCAUCGCUGUACUGGUGCUGGCUAACCGCUCUAGCUGUAAGUAAGAAUGGCGCUGCCCAGCAAGACGCAGCAAGAACACUUGGAAUACGGGUCUUCGAUUUGGUCAGCACCUAAAACCGUAUUUCCUAGAUAAAUACAGAUCCGUUAGGGUCUGUAAUUGCGUGAUGUCAACUACCAACUGACCGUGGAGCAGUGCUGAAUAUCGGGUAUUUUUUGCCCUCUGGGGUUCCACGGUUUCACCCGUAGCGACGUUGAUGGGGACAUAAACUACUUUUGGUGAUUCGAUUUGUUUUUCUAUUCAACCGUGACAACGGAGCCUCUGCAUCACAAGUUCUCUCUUCGCAAGGGGCUGACAUCAACUUGGUACCCGGGGCCCCACGGAAUCUGCGCGGCUCCAGCACGUCAGGCGCGUCGGGGAGGGCAACCAUGUGGAGCCCGCCUGGACCAGCGAGCCUGCAGUUUUUGGUGAAGUCUGUGAAACAUGCGGUGGGCAAGGGUCAGGUCCAGCUCAGUCGCUGGCUGCAAAGGACCACCGGGCCCGAGGCGAUAGACUGUGAUAAGAUAGACAUCCUUAUAUGCAACGCCUUCGAUGAGCGGGGCGGCACAACCGGGAGCAAGUCGGAGGCUGAUCUGGAGGGCGAUGGACCCGGGCAGACCUACACGUCCACGGCGGGGGAGUUCAGACACCCGUGCUGUAUCACCACCUGUUGCUUCAAGAGCGCUCUCCUGGCCUGCAUCCUCACCGCCGUGUGCUUCUCGUCCGUGGCCCUGGUGCGCCAGUACCUCAAGGACCUGCUCCUAUGGGUGGAGAGCUUGGACAGUCUGGUGGGGGCGAUGCUCUUCAUCGUCGGUCUCAUCAUCGUGUCUUUCCCGUGCGGCUGGGGCUACAUCGUACUGAACGUGGCCGCGGGCUACCUGUACGGCUUCGUGUUGGGCAUGGGCCUGGUGAUGGUCGGGGUGCUGAUCGGGACGUUUGUGGCGCACGCCGUGUGCAAGCGCAUGCUGUCGGACUGGGUGCUCCAGAAGGUCGGGGGCAACGAACAGCUCAGCGCCGUCAUACGGGUUGUGGAAGGGGGCAGCGGACUUAAAAUUGUGGCCUUAGCGAGACUCACCCCGAUACCGUUCGGCCUUCAGAACGCCGUGUUCUCGAUCACAGACGUGUCCUUGCCCAACUACCUGGUGGCCUCCUCCGUGGGCCUGCUCCCCACCCAGCUCCUCAACUCCUACCUGGGCACCACACUGCGCACCAUGGAGGACGUCAUCGCCGAGCAGAGUGUCAGCGGCUACUUCGUAUUCAGCCUGCAGAUUGUCAUCAGUAUUGGCCUGAUGUUCUACGUGGUGCACCGUGCGCAGGUGGAGCUCAACGCCGCCAUCGCCGCCUGCCAGAUGGAGCUGAAGAGCAACUACCAGAACGGGGCCCUGGGCGGCGGGGGCCACUUGGCACCCGGGGGGCCCCCCUACUGCAGCAAGCGCUCCGCGGCCUGUGGUGCCGGGUCAGGGGUCAACAUCGUCUGACCACACACACACACACACACACACGCACAGACACACACAGGUUUAUCUCCAACGUCUCCCCAUCUUUUUCCGGGUGGGGUCACAUAUGAUGACCCCCUUACCUUCCAUCUUGUAACCCUCCACUCUAUACCCCCCCCCCUCCUAUUGAUAAGGGCUUGCCUUGACUCCAAUGCAGUGCUAUGGGGGAGGGAGGACAUGACAGCCUCCACCACCAAUACUCCAGCUUGAUGGGGAGUGUGUGGGGUCAGAGUUCAGGGGUAUAUGGAGGGUCCUGCCGGAACGUUGGAACCUUGGUACGGUUCUGCCAUCCUUCGAUGGAGACCGCCGAUUGGUUGAGGCCGUCGCCAUGGUGUCGGUACGAUUGGUUGCCAUGGUGUCAGUCUGAUGGCUCCCACACGUGUUGGGCUAGCUGGACAUCUCUCUUCUUUAGUUGUUAAUUUGUGUUAUUUUAUAUAAAUUAUGACCUUUUUGAGAAAUGCAUUUUUUUGGGAAUGUUUAAGUAUAUGAAAAAGUACAAUGUAUUUUUCUCUCUAGUACAAUGUAUCUCUUCUCUCAAUGCCUUUUUUUCCCUUAAUUUUGGAGGUACUAAUUAUUAUUAGAUAUGGAUUUGUAAUAAUAGAGAUUAUGGAGUAUAUUAUAUAAUGAGAUAUUAUGAAUCGACUCGAUAUAGAGUAGAGUUUAUAAUCCUAGUUCUGUUUCCCAUUUGGGGGAAGACGUUUAAAAACUGGGAUCUUUUAUUGUAGGUUAAGGAGAAAUGUAAAGAUAAGCGGUCAUGACUAGGUAGUCUAUUUGACUAUUGUAUCUUCUUGGUGUCCUUUUCUUUUCACAUUCACACUCAAAAAGCUCUUCUGGUACUUUGAUAAAAAAAAAAAAUCUGGGACUGUUCACCUAAAGAGCGAUUGCACAAUACGACAUGCGGGGCCAUUGUUUUCAAAAAGCCUUGCUAUUGAUUUCUUUUUCAGGGUUUUAUUUUUUUAUGAGUAAUACUUUUAUUUUGUAUCUUGACACAUCCGCUGAUGGUAUUGUUUUGGUUUCUUGUUUUUCUGGUUUCUGUUUACUCGCUGAUUUUUUUCUUCUGGUCGUGGAGAUUGGUUGGUCAGCAAUAGGGGCCACCUGGACAAAGUGACACACUUUGCAUGGCAGUGUGUUUGUGUGUGAAAAGUGUACGUACACACACACACACACACACACACACACACACACACACACACACACACACACACACACACACACACACACAGCAGUGCGGUCAGUGCUUGCCUUGUCUCAACUCAGCCGCCUACUACUCUGCGUCCAUCUGGUGUGUGCCCUCUUCCCUCCUCCUCCUCCUCCUCCUCUUCCUCCUGUCUUCCUCUUUUUUAUCUUUCUACUCAAUUCUCCUCCGUUUCCUCACUAUUGCUGCUUCACCUCCUUCUGCUACUAUUCCUUCUUUCAGUUUUCUUCUACCCAUCUUCCUGUUCCUCUCAUUCUCCUCCUCCCCCUCCUCCUCGUUUUAUUGCUAUCAUAUUCUUCCUCCUUUUCCUUGUCCUCCUCUUCUUCCUCCUCCUCUGACUCCUCUUUUCUUCAUCCUCCUCCUCUCCUCCUCCCCUAUUCCUUCUCUUCAGCUCCCUCUUCAUCCUCCUCCUCCUCCUCUCCUCCUCCCCUAUUCCUUCUCUUCAGCUCCCUCUUCAUCCUCCUCCUCCUCUCCUCCUCCCCUUCCUUCUCUUCAUCCCCCUCCUCCUCUUCUCCCUUCUCUUCGCUCUCCAGGAGAACAGAUGGGAGCGAGGAGCGGAGCUAAAGUUUCAGAACUUUCUGCCAAGAAACAAAUCAUUGCAGACCUCAAUAAACUGAAGGCACCAGGACACACACACACACACACACACACACACACACA